AAUUCAUCAAGUUCCCACAACUUUAAGGAGCAACCUCACCGUGAGCCUGAGACCGACGGUUACGUUGUUACUGGUAUCAAACUUGAAUCAAAAACAUAUUUGCAGAACCCAAAUGAAUUCUGCACAUUUUUAGGUGUCCAAGAGGCCAUCUCUCUCUCUCUCUGUGGAACGGUCGGAUGAUAUGGGGAACAAGAUGAGUCCUUCAAUGUUUGUUUUAGUGUAUCUAAUCUUGGUUCUGAAUGGCCAGAGUAUUACAACAAUCGUGAAGGCAAGAAGCAACGUUCAUAUAGUUUAUCUGGGAGAGAAGCCGCGAGACGAUCCCAAGUUGAUUACAGGCUCACAUCAUGAUAUGCUUGCCACAGUAGUAGGGAGCAAGGAAAUGGCCUCAGGUUUGAUGGUCUACAGUUACAAGCAUGGGUUCUCUGGAUUUGCAGCUAAGCUUACAGAGUCUCAAGCACAACAACUUGCUGAGUUGCCUGGGGUUGUUCGCGUCAUACCAAAUAGUCUGCACAAGCUGCAGACAACUAGGAGCUGGGAUUUUCUCGGUCUGUCUCCUCAGUCUCCAAACAAUAUUCUUCACAACAGUAAAAUGGGCGAUGGAGUUAUCAUAGGUGUCUUCGAUACAGGAAUAUGGCCAGAGUCCAAAUCUUUCGGGGAAGAUGGUCUCGGGCCAGUUCCAUCUCGAUGGAAGGGUGUCUGCAUAUCUGGGGACAAAUUCAAUGCCACAACAAACUGCAAUAAGAAAAUAAUUGGAGCCCGUUCGUACAUCGAUGGAUUUCUUGCAGAGUACGGACAGCCAUUGAACACAUCUGGAGACCGAGAAUACUUAUCUCCCAGAGACGCAAAUGGACAUGGCACGCACACUGCCAGCACCGCUGGUGGUUCCUUCGUGGGCAAUGUUAGCUUCAGGGGCCUUGCUACUGGAACUGUUAGAGGUGGUGCACCCCGUGCUCGCUUGGCCAUAUACAAGGUUUGCUGGAAUAUACUUGGAGGCCAAUGUGCAGCAGCUGAUAUGCUGAAAGCUUUUGACGAUGCCAUACAUGAUGGGGUUGAUGUUUUAUCUUUGUCAAUUGGGUCUUCCAUUCCUCUGUUCUCAGAGGUUGAUGAACGUGAUGGCAUUGCCACUGGUUCAUUCCAUGCUGUGGCCAGGGGAAUCACUGUAGUUUGUGGAGCCGCAAAUGACGGACCUUCAGCAUACACAGUUCAUAACACAGCACCAUGGAUCUUAACUGUUGCAGCAAGCACCACUGAUCGAGCAUUUCCUACACCUAUUACUCUAGGAAACAAUAAAACUUUACUGGGUCAAGCCCUUUUUACAGGAAAGGAGAUUGAUUUUACAGGCUUGGUAUACCCGGAGUCCACAGGACUUGAUUCUACCGCAGGAAGAUGUCAAGCCCUCUCACUUGAUGAAACUAGGGUAGCCGGGAAUGUGGUUCUCUGCUUCACUUCAAUGUAUAUGGCUCGGCAGAUUUCUUUAAGGAGUGCCUCAACAGCAGUGCAGGAAGCAGGAGGUGUUGGGCUGAUUGUUGCCAAGCAUCCCAGUGAUAUCUUGACUUCAUGUGAUGCUGAAUUCCCAUGCAUUGAAGUUGACUAUGAAAUCGGCACCCAGAUACUGUUUUACAUCAGGUCCACUGGGAAUCCUCUAGUGAAGUUGAGCCCUACGAAAACAAUUGUGGGCAUGCCAGUAUCACCAAAGGUUGCGUAUUUCUCAUCUAGGGGGCCUAGCUCUAUUGCACCAGCAAUUCUAAAGCCAGAUAUAACUGCACCUGGUGCCAACAUAUUGGCCGCCACUACUGCCUUCGAUCGAUCGAUGGAUGGUGGAUAUGCCAUGCGCUCGGGAACUUCAAUGGCAACCCCUCAUAUCUCAGGCAUCGUGGCACUUCUCAAAGCCUUGCACCCUAACUGGUCCCCAGCAGCCAUAAAAUCAGCCCUUUUCACAACUGCAUGGCAGACUGGUCCAUCUGGUUUGCCAAUCUUUGCUGAAGGAUCUCCUCAGAAGCUUGCUAAUCCAUUCGACUUUGGAGGUGGCAUUGCAAAUCCAAACAAGGCAGCAGACCCCGGAAUGGUAUAUGACAUGGGCACUACCGACUACAUAAAUUAUCUCUGUGCCAUGGCUUACAACAACUCUGCUAUCUCUCGGCUCACGGGGCAAUCCAUGGUGUGCCCUAGUAAAAAACCCUCCAUUUUGGAUGUAAAUCUACCUUCUAUAACCAUACCAAGUCUAAGAAAUUCUAUCACUAUCACCAGAACUGUUACAAAUGUGGCAACCUCAACAUCUAUUUAUAGAGCUGUAAUCGAACCUCCAUUUGGCAUAAUGAUAUCAGUAAAACCAAAUGUCUUGGAAUUCAACUCUACUGUUAAGAAGAUCUCCUUCAGGGUUACAAUCUCCACAACCCACAAGGUGAACACAGGAUACUAUUUUGGGAGCCUGACGUGGAUUAAUGGAGUGCAUGCUGUAAGGAGUCCCUUGUCCGUGAGAACUGAAGUUUUACAAUCUAAUGCUGCUGAUUACUAAAAAAAUUGCAGAUUUAACAGAAUCCUUGAUUCCAUGUUAAGGUCAAUGCAAGUAUUCUGAAUUAAACAGUCUUUGUAUUACUAAAUUUUCUUCAUGUAUAAUAAUGAUAAUAAUGAAGUCUGCAUUGAGUGUA